CAGGCACAGAGAUUGCCAGGGGACAGCAGGGUGGCAGCAGGGGUGGCAGCACGGGGGGCUCGGGGAGCCGGGGGCAGCUGUGCCCUGAAAGCCGAGCCACCUGCGCGCUGCUACCUGCUGAAUAAUAGAGGAGCUGAGAGGCAGCGGAGAGAAAUGUGAUGCUGCUGAGGCAGCCCGGGGAGACAUCUGAGCUCCCGGCAGCUGCGAUAGCAACUGCAGCCCUGCAGCCCUCUGGGCUGGCUGCGGCUCUCUGCCCAUCCCGGGCUGGCUGCGGCUCUCUGCCCAUCCUGGGCUGUCCUGGAGCGGCUCUCUGCCCAUCCCGGGCUCCCUGCAGCUCUCUCUCUGCCCAUCCCGGGCUCCCUGCAGCUUUCUGCCCAUCCCGGCUCUCUGCCCAUCCCGGGCUCCCUGCGGCUCUCUCUCUGCCCAUCCCGGGCUCCCUGCAGCUCUCUGCCCAUCCCGGGCUCCCUGCAGCUUUCUGCCCAUCCCGGCUCUCUGCCCAUCCCGGGCUCCCUGCGGCUCUCUCUCUGCCCAUCCCGGGCUCCCUGCGGCUCUCUGCCCAUCCCGGGCUGCCCUGGAGCAGCUCCGGGGGCCCGGGCUCGGGGCUGGCAGGAUGAUGUGAGCUGCAGCGGGCGCAGAGCUCAAGGGCACAGCUGGGUUUGCCGAGAGGGGAGGCAGAGCAGAGGCAGUGCCCGGGCCCGGGGGCAGCAGCAGCUCAGCCCCAUGUCCAGAGGAGGGGAGAUGGUUUAUAUCCCCGAUGACUCCGACUUCAGCUCCUUCAGGGAUCAGUGCGAGAGCCUGGAGGGCUGGCACUGUCGGUACAACAAGGCCGGCGUGACCGUGUGGAGUCAGGGCCAGGAGGAAAGCUGCACCGUGCAGAAAAUCAAGACCCGCAUCUCCUGCAAGGAUGUCCCGGCCGAGACCCUCUAUGACGUGCUGCACGACACCAGCUACCGCAAGAAAUGGGACUCCAACAUGAUCGAGACCUACGACAUCGGGCGCCUCACCGUCAACGCUGAUGUGGGAUAUUACUCCUGGAAGUGCCCGAGCCCCCUGAAGAACCGGGAUUUCGUCACGCUGCGCUCCUGGCUGCCCCUGGGCAAUGAUUACAUGAUCAUCAACUACAGCGUCAAGCACCCGAAAUACCCGCCCCGGAAGGAUUUCGUGAGAGCCGUGUCCCUGCAGACCGGUUACCUGAUCAAGGCGAACGGGGACGGUGCCUGCAUCCUCUAUUACCUGACGCAGGUGGAUCCUCGCGGGUCGCUGCCGAAGUGGGUGGUGAACCGCGUGUCGCAGUUUGUGGCACCGAAGGCCAUGAAGAAGAUUUACAAAGCCGGGCUCAAGUACCCGGAGUGGAAGCGCCGGCACGACCCCGAGUACAAGCCCUGGGUGUUCCCCGAGCAGAACACUCUGCCCAGCGUCAGCCUGGCCGAGCUCUCCGUGCAGCACGCGGAUUCCCUGGAAAACAUCGACGAGACCGGGCUGCCCGAGGAGCACCUGAGCACCAGCGACCACGAGGCCUGAGGGCCCUGCUCGGGAGAAUCCUCUCAUCAUCACCCAGGCUCGGCACCAGAGGGCACAGCUGGGGGUUUGGCUCCCUGCUUCCCCAAAGUCACAUCUGCUCUCCUUCAUCACUGACCUCCCUCCCUGGCCAGGCAGCGGGGAUCUGCGUCCCAGGGGCUGGGAAAAGGCAGGAUGGGCACUCCCUGUGCCCGUGGAGAUGUCCCUGCAGGAGACAGAGCUGGCAGUGGGUGCUCCAAGAGAGGCUGAGGUGGGCACCAGGAUAUGGCUCUACCACUGUAAAACCCUCCAAAACCCAGAAAUGGGGGGUCAGUGAGGGUCCUGCCCAGGUUUUGCAGCAGCACAAGGUUUGCGAUGAGCCCAUCUGGCCUGAGGUGCAGUUCUGCUAAGCCCGAGGUCAGGCUGGACCCACUCCACCCCUCCCAUCUCAGGGAGCUCCUCUCCUGAGCACCAGGCUCACCUCUGCAGGCUGGCUCUAGCCCAGCUGGCUCUGGGGACCCCUUCCCCGGGAGGUUUGUGGGGUUUGUCCUGGCAGUGGGGUCCUGGGCCGCCUGUGUCCCCACUCUCCCCUGCUGUGGUUCCUGCGGUUCCUGGCACAACAAUAAAGGGGUUGGUGUGUGUGCAA